UGAGAAAUGGCUGAAGAAGAGCUAGAAGAACUUCAAAAAUUUCACGAUGCAGUGAGGGAAAUUAUUAUCUCCCUGCUUUUGUUCAUUUUGCUGUAUGUGAGCUCUUACAGUGUUAUAUCGUGGUUUAAGAAGAGGACAGAUACAGAGGAAUAUGUCACCGGUGAUGAUGACGCCUUUGUGUACCGAAUAGCCCUAUGGCUGUGUACAUUUACUUUAGCAGUGUCGGCAGGAGCUGUCUUAUUGUUGCCAAUAUCCAUCGUCAGUAAUGAAGUAUUACUACUCCAUCCUCAUAGCUAUUAUGUCAAGUGGUUAAACAGUUCUCUGAUACAUGGUCUGUGGAACUAUGUUUUCUUGUUUUCAAAUCUUGCCCUGUUUUUAAUGAUGCCAUUUGCAUAUUUCUUCACGGAAUCAGAGGGAUUCUCAGGCUCUAGAAACGGAAUCAUGGCAAGAAUCAAAGAAACCACUGUAAUGUUAGCUUUACUAGCUGUAUCGGUGAUUGGUGUGUCCUGGGUGUUGAUAGCUUUGUUUGAUAGCGAUACUCACAGUCAUGAUACUCUGUCAGAUAUUUGGAAUAUCUACUUGCCAUAUUUGUACUCUUGUAUAUCAUUCCUUGGUGUUCUACUAUUAUUGUUAUGUACCCCGGUUGGUUUUGCCUGCAUGUUUACUUCCAUGACAAAAUUGGUGCUCAAGCCACAGUUUUUACGUGAUAUAAAUGAAGAAUUAACUACAGCAAGAUUUAGAGAAGAUUCCUUCAGACGAAAGAUUAGAGAUCAACAACAAUGUAAACAUGAAAGUCGAGUUGCAGGUAGAAUUGCUAAUGGACAUUCCAAUCAUAAAGAUACUGAAAAUUAUGAGGAGAAGUUAGAGGAAGCUUUAAGAGAUAUACAUGAAUUAGAGAAGAGGAAACAGAUAUCGUGUAUGAGAACAUUGAUGUACCCGAUCUUAAUGCUGUUUUCUAUAGCUUUAACU